AUCGAGUGUGUCUGUGUUGGUUUCGACUGUUUUACUCAAUUUUAUUGAUAAUUUGAAGUGUUUGAUGGCCUAUUAUAACGUAAGAACAACUAAAGAGACAGGAUCUUGAACUAAAAGCGGGAGAUAUCUGGCAGCGGAGGCUAUGGCACUUUGCACCUUUGGCCUCCAUGGUUGUCUCCUUUGUCGUCUCAAGUGUAUUGUGUUGUUCAAGAGCAAACCUUAAGGCGAAAAGCAAACUGUUUUUAUUUAGAAGAAUAGCUUGGCAGAGAGGAUUAGCUAUGCGACCACUGCGCGUACUGAAUGUUGCUGAGAAAAAUGAUGCAGCGAAGGAGCUGUCCAGAAUCAUGUCUAGAGGACAGAGCUCGCGGGUAGGUAUGGGUAGGUAAAACAGGGUCCUGGGUGGGGGGUGGGUGGGGAGUUAUUACUUCUGUGGGUGUGUGUCGCGUGACAGGUUCAUAAUUUUGGGGACUUUUGAUCUAUACUCUUUUUUUCUAUAAGAAUAUAUUUUAUGAGAAUAUCGAGGCUGAAAUUUACAAAAUUUAAAGAAUAAACCCCAGAUGAAGAUUUUGUGUGUUUGAAAAUUGUAAAUACAAUACAGCUAUGUGUUUUCAACUUAUUCCAUUCUCUAAAUGGCAAAACUUGCCAACAAAAUGAAAAAAACUGCACUAUCAGUAAUAGUGAUACCCCAAUAUAUUCUAAAAUGGAAAUGACAUAAGCUAUAAUUUAACGAUAAUACAAGAAUAUUUUAGUCUAAAAUUGGCAGAAAAAUAAGAAUAUUCAGCCUGGGCUGGAAAAACAAUAUUCUUAUACAACAAAAGAGUGUAGAUCAGAGAAGCUUUCUAGAAUGGGAUAUGAUAUUCCCAGGGUUCUCAAUAGAUUUUUAAGUAGGAGGUGAUCACUGAUAAAGUAGGAGGCUCUUCAGCAAAGCCAGAGGUGUCAAAACAAAGCAAAGAAAAGCGACUUAAACACAAAGUAAGCGGCUAUAAAUCCCAAAGUAAGCGGCAAUCAAUCGCCGGGUGCCGCCUUCUAUUGAGAACCCUGUAUUCCAAAUGUACAUUGCCAUGGAGGCUUCAAUUUAUCAGCAGCCAUUUGAAAUUAAUAAUUAUUGUAUUCACAAGGAAAUUGCGUGAUAAAAUGAGUGGAAUUUCAAGAACUUGUUAUCCCAGUUUUUGGUAUCAAAUUUGAACACCCAGGUAGCACAUACCCACCCUAAACAUACCUGAGUACCCCCACCCCCUAGGGAUAGAGUAGGAUGGAAGAAGGGUUACAGGAACCAUCUCUUACAUAAGACACCAGAAAUACAUGUACUGAGAAGUUUAUAAUAAUGCCAUUAACUUAUCCACCAUACAAUUAAGCAGUAUCUUAUUUUCCGGCCAACUGGGCUGAGUAAAGUUAAACUUGGGCAGGUAUAAGGUCACUGCAAAUAGGCACAGCUUAUAGAAUUUCAGAUUGUUUUAGAAGUGCCAUCCAUUGCAUAACCUGUACUAAUGCAAGAUGAUUAGAUAAGUGUUUCUUACUUUGGCUGAAAACCUUCUGCGAUUACCAGCAAAACUGGUUUUAACCAGUUUUUAAAAGAAGUCAAAUUUAGUAAUAUGUUAGCUAUACAUGUAUGUUCAAGGGUGCAAUUUUGUUAUAACCUUUACUAACCUAAAAUUUGGUUUUGAUUACUGAGUUGAUGAAAUCACUGUGCCGCAGUGAGAAGAUUGAAAAGUUGCUGUUUCGAGUUUGCUGUUUUUUACAGCUUGUGUGCCCGUGCUGUAGUUUACAAAUUAACUGCAUGAAACUGUGUUGAAUAAUUGAUGCUAUUGUUUUUGAUAGGCUUUGAUUUCUUUGCAGAGAGAAGGGUUCUCAAAGUUUAACAAGAUUUAUGAGUUUGACUACAACAUUUUAGGAAGUGUGAGUAUUUAAAAUGCAUCUCUUUUCUCAGUUAAUCACCUUUUAGAAACCUUUACACUCUAUAUAUUAAUAAUUUUUUUAUUCUCAAUCAUUACACAUAUACUUGUAUGUAUUGUUCACUAUAAGCAUAAAAAUUUCAUGUUUCCUGUGAUUUUACUAAUCACAGAAUUCCACAAUGGUGAUGACUUCUUUGUCUGGACAUAUGAUGACGUUGGACUUUACAGCCAGUCACCAAAAAUGGUAAGGCCAAAGACUGAGACAAGGCUGUAACUCAUUGUUUGCAAUUAUGCAGCAUAGGUUACAUAGUUAUACAUUGUAGAAUGGCAGGGUAUCUUUUGGGGGAAAUAUUGUGGUCUCCAUUCAGUGAAGUGGUUUGCUCAUUACUUUCCUGCAGUACUUAGCUGUUUAGUUCUAUAUUGAACCUUAAAUAAAUGAGCUGAGAGAUGGUCUUAUAAGCAGUAGACCAAUGGUCCUCCCAAUCCAAGUCUCUCAUCACUGAAAUUAACUACAACCCUGGUCAAAACUCUUGGGACACUAAUGCAAUAGGUCAUCAAGUUGAGGCAUCUUCCCUCCCCCCCCCCCCAAUGCAGUGUUGACAUUAUGCAUCCAAGUUGAAUUCAACACAAUCACAAUCAACACUACUUGGGUGAGAGGGGGACAGCAGAAAUAGCCCCUUAAAACAACAUCCCCAAGCUUUUUAAAGAGGUAUAAUAUGAGUUAACUUAGCAAAGUGUGUAUUUGUGCCUAAUUUCCUCAAGUGUCCCAAGACGUUUUGACCAGGGUUGUACAGGCUACUGUAAAUUUUAAUCACAACUAUUUCAAGUAAAUCUGGUUAUUUUUCAGUUUUCAACUGUUGUUAAUUCCUACAGGCAUAGUUGUUCCCCAGUAGCACUGUUCAGUGCACCUGUUAAAAAGUUUGUUGGAGAAAACUUUCUUCCAAUUAAAGUAAGAGCUUAAAAUAAUAAUCCUAUGUGUGUUAAAAUUCAGCAGUUACAGGGUUGUGCUCAAGCAGAGCUCUAGCUCUACAGUUUCAGUACCCUAGAUUUUACAGGCUGCGAGUACUAGGUCCCCUUCAAUUUCCUUAUUGCACACCUUUGAUUUAGUGUAGCAUGAUUUACCUGCUAAACUCUAGACUAUACAUGUUGCUUAUUUGAAUAAGUUGCAUUGCUAAUUUAUUAAUGUGAAGAUGUGUCUAUCAUGUUAGAAAUUGCAAACAAGACGCGUACUUCAAAAUAAUGUGCCAUUUGUGAUCUGUAUCUGCCUUGGUCCUCCUCUCAAAAGAUAGUGUUAUUUCAGUGUUAAUUAUGCUUCAUUAAAAUUCAGCUGUGUUUACACCUUUAAUAAUGUCUUUUGAAUUAGAAAUAAGGCAAUAAUAUUGUGUCAUAUUAUAUAAAAAUAUUAAGCGUCAAUUCCAAAUUGUUUUACAGAGGACUUUGGAAAGAGAAGUGCGUGGCUGUGGAGUCUUAAUUAUCUGGACUGAUUGUGAUAGAGAAGGAGAAAACAUAGGAUUUGAAGUCAUUGAUGUGUGCAAAAAUAGUAUGUUAUUUAUGACAUUAUUGUUUCUCCCUUAUUUUAACAUGCUUGCAAAAACUAUUACUAUACUUGACAGAAUUUAAUAGUCUGAAAGGGUGCUUAAAUUUAAACAUACUGGAAACUUAUUAAAAUUUGUUAAUGAAAAAUAAAAGGUAUUGAACUUGAUGUUGAUAAUUAAACUAAUGCGUCUGUUUUCCUUUUUUUUUAAGUCCGUCCAAACAUAAGGAUUUAUCGUGCAAAGUUUUCUGAAAUCACCCAUCAGUAAGUAGUAAAAACAGUAUUGUUAUUUAAAAGCUGUGAAAAUGAUUUCAAAACAUUUACUUUUUUUUACUAAAGGCAGCUCAAAGUUGCAAUAGAAAACUACUGGCGUGCUAACCGUGUACAGGUAAAACUUUACUAUUUUCGGAGAAAGCAUGGUAGAGUGGUUAGAAUGCUAGACUUGCAAUCCAGAAGUCCCGAGCAGUGACCUCUUGUUGGAUAGGUUUCUUGGUAGCCGCAAGUUCAAAUCCUUGACUAUGCUUGUAAAUAGGCAACUAUUUUGACUCAAGCAAGUUAGGAUUCUUAGCCCUGUUGUGUACAUAUAAAUUACGAACAUUUUUAUUUGUUUCAGUCAUUGAUUUGCUCAGUGUGACUUGCUGUUGUGCUAUAACUGAUGUAGAGGGUAACUAAAGCAAAUUCAUGUUUCAUCUGUUAUUUUCAGAUCAGUUACAAGAGCUGUACAAAAUUUAGUUGAGCCUGAUGUGUUGCAGGCACAAGCAGUGGAUGUUAGAAUGGAGCUUGAUCUUAGAAUAGGUAUGUUACAGGUCAACAUUAAAUUCGAGGGUAAAAAUUUUUAACCUAGAUUGAUUCUCAAUUUCCUUUGUCUCCUAGCCCUGAUUAUUGGUGAAAUUAUUAGGGCUAGGCAACAAAGGAAAUUGAGAAUCAACGGCCUGCAUGUAACAGUGUAACAGUGUAACAGGUAUAUCCUGGUUUUCCUUGUACUUUCAUCCAUGGCUUUCAAUAAUUCACAUAAUAUUCAAUUCAUGAUCACAGUUCAACCUCUAUAAUGGCCAUUUCUUUCUCACAGGAUCCAUCCUGUGUAAUAAGGCUCCCCCGAUAGUUAAAGUACAUUUCUUGACUUAAUUGUCUACCAUCAAGAAAGAUCUUGAAUUCCUCGCCAGGCCUCUUACUAAUUUUCAUGCACAUCCUGGCAAUUAUCAUAUGACCUGUACAGCCUGUGUGCACUUUCCUAUAAGGCCGUAUGAGGGCCAUACGCGUCAAGUGAUAGUGCCAGAAAAACACUGAGCCAAGCUAGUAGAAAAGUCAACGUGAAUAGAGGCAAAGGGUGCCAUGAAUAUGUUUUAGCUCUGUCAGAAAAAUUCAAAAUCACAAUAGCAAUAUGAUAAAAUGCUUAUUGGCUGAGUGUUGGGCGAGACGGGAAAACAUUUUGGCUCUCAGUCAGGCUUCAUGGACCUCAAGCCAAAUAUUUUCCUGCCCAGCCCUCCCACCUAGUCAAUAUGCUCAUAUUACUUUAAUUCUUUUCUUGUUGGGUAGGUGCUGCAUUUACUCGGUUUCAAACCUUAAGGCUGCAGAAAGUUUUUCCUGAUGUUUUGAGCGAAAACCUUAUAAGUUAUGGUAAGUAUUUUUAAUGAUAACAAAACUUUAUUGUUACAAUUUUGUAGAAAAUAGGGCAGCCUUUUUUUUUCAUUUUUAACGAGAUACUAUGUUUACACUGUAUAUUGAUUUGUAGAGUGGUACAAACUACCCUUAUCUGACAGACAUUUAUUGAUCUCUUGUUUUAGGCAGCUGCCAAUUUCCUACUUUAGGUUUUGUUGUUGAAAGAGUAAGUGAUUAGUAUGCUUGUUUUGUUAUAAACUUGUUCAGGUUCAUUUCAACAUUAAAUAGUCUUGUAUAUCCUAGUACAUUAAAAUGAAUCAUAAGUGAAAAUGAUUGCCGACUAGUUCAGGUCUGUCACCAUUAGGGCUGGCUAAUUAAACCAUGUUGUGUGUUUUUUUCCCUAAGUAUAAACAGGUACAGCAGUUUGUACCAGAGACAUUCUACAAGAUUAAAGGUGGGUAGGCUAGAGUGGUCCUUUGAAUCCCGCAUAGUGUGGUGCAAAUAAAUUAUUUAUUUUUCAGCCAAUUCAUUUUUUGAUCAUUACUAGCAUUGCUGACAAGAGAAGGAAUUUGUUUGUGCAAUUUUCUUGAAAUUCAUCAAAUUGUUAAUAGUCUAAUAAUUAUGUUUGAGUGGACAAGAUAGUAAUAAAAUGAGUUUUCUUUUAGUUACUCAUCAAGUAGAAGACACAAAAGUGGAUUUUACCUGGAGAAGGUAGUUUUUUUUUUCUUGUCAAAGUUACACGUAACAUUACUUCAAACUACUGAAGGAGGCUCUGACUAUAUUAGCAUUUUGUAUUCCUAAAUUUUAACAUUGAUCUGAAUGGAUUGGAAUGCUCCUGCUGUUGUGAUUUGCAUUUCACUCUUGUGACAAUUCAUGAUCCUAGGGGAAGACUGUUCCACCGUUUACCGUGCCUUGUCCUCUAUCAAAUUUGUUUGGAGGUGAGAUAUUACAUUGUACGAUCAUGCCUCAGUAGAACCCCAAAUAAAUAGGUAGAAGUAUUCUUUAACUUGUGUAAGGAGUGUCAAGUAGUAGUGUAUAACUCAGUAUGUUCAACGCUUGAAAAAAAAAUUGAAUUCACGCUUUUCCUGUGGGCAGUUCAGCUCCCACAUUUUGCUUCCCAUGGUAACUUCUUGCUUGUCGAUCAAUCAAUCAACUUUACUGGUAUAUCCAAUUAAAAUGGGUUUUCACAUACAUCUGUUAAUUUUCCUUUCAAUUUGGCAAAAUCUAAUAUCGAACAAUAGAAAUUUCUAAGUAAAAUGGUAAAAACUGAUUUUGAUAGACAUAAAAUGAUUUUGUUAAUCCCGAGGAAUGAAAAAGCGCAAAAAGUUCAAAGGAAAGAGAAUCCAUUUUUGGGCUCAAAGCUUUUUUUAACCCAUUGGGCAAAGCAAGAAAGUCUUUAAAGUUAUGAAAAUUGACUACUGGACAAACGACUUUUGUUAGCUAGCCCUUUAUGUUUCUUAUGCCAUUCUUUUAUGCAAAGAUGCAAGACGUUUGGGUUUUAAAGAGUGGGGUUUUUUUUUUUCAUAUUCUUGUCACCAUGACAUGUUCACUCUGUUUUAACGAUUCUCAAACCUUUGUUAUUGACUUGACAUCGUGGCGUCAAUGUUGUCAACAAUUAGUAAUAGUCUAUUUCACUCCUCUUUAUUCAAUUUUAAGUGAAGAGCUUUCAUUUGAUACUGGCGUUAAGCAUGUAACCCUUUCUCAGGGAUUUCACUAAGAUUUCAAGUUGCUGGGUAAAUACAACAAGUAGGCAGGGAAUAAGACAGCUAUAGAUUUCUUUCAGUGCUAUGUUUCUUCUAUUUUCUUAUGAAAGUAGCGAGGGGCCACAUUCAUAGUAGCCGGAGGAAAUCCCCAGCCCACACCUCUUAAUGACAGCGCUGCUUUCUUCAUGUGAGAAUAGCCAUCACAUGUCUAGAAUAUUUAUCUUUUAUUAAAGAGUUUUACCCCCACUUCUGGAUGUUGUCUAAUAAUAGACGUUUACUAGGCCUCAAGUUUGCCAUGUCAUGUCAGUGUCAAUCUUGAUUUUUUGAUCUUUUUUUGUCUUGUUUCUUAUUCAAUAAGGAUCCUACAGCAAAAGUUCUGAGUACUUCAUCUCAUCCCAAGAGCAAGUGGAGGCCAUUACCAUUGGACACAGUGGUAGGUGCAUUGAGAUCCCUCUUGAAGUUAUAAGAAGAUGCAUGUUGCAUUUUAAUAAAACAUUCUUUAUGUUAAAGGAACUUGAAAAACUGGCAUCACGUAAGCUUAAAAUCAAUGCUAAGGAGACAAUGAAAAUAGCAGAAAAACUCUACAAUCAGGGGUAAGUACAUUGCUCAUUUCACUGCCUAAAUGAUUGUUAAUUUGUUGGUAGCGUUGAUAGUGUUGUUUUUAAAACAUUUACUAUAUAAAAGCCAAAAAAAUGAAGCAGAUCUAUAUGCAUAUUGUUUCAGGUUCAUCAGUUAUCCACGCACAGAAACAAACAUGUUUCCCAAGUCUUUAGAUCUGAGGCCUCUUAUUCAAAAUCAAACUGUUGAUGCUAACUGGGGAGGUAAGUUCAAGAUUGUUUAAUACAGAGUACCUUAUUGUAGGAAAUUAAUGCCAUUUUAAAAAAAUCACGCUAAUUUAACACAUCUCAAUUUACGUUGACGUUAAUUUAAAUCACACUAUUUCACAUCAUUGUUGUUUUAACAGCACCUUUAGCUUAUUUCAAUAACAAAACCUUGUGUGCCCAUAACGCCUCUAUCAACGCCUCGGAGUCACUAUCUGACAGUUCUUCUUUAAGAAUUGAGUUCAAAAUGUCUUUCGACUAGUCUUCAUAUUGAUCCGUUUCCUCAAGGGGAUAACUGACUUCUUCAGUCUUUCUUCUUAAAAUGUCCAUUUACGUUUAUUUCCGUUUUUUUCUUUAGAUAUGUAUGUUGAGAAGUUUGCAAAUUUCGUGUUAAUUUGAUGUAUGUAAACCUAACUUUUGGAAAAUUCCUGUUAAUUUUGUGUAACAUGAAUUUUCUUCGCAUUGUUAACGUGCAUCGUUAAUUUCCUAUAAUAAGCUAAUGAACCGUAUUCAAGAUUGAUGUGAAAAGGGUGUAAAAAGUUUCAGUCUUUUUCUAACUCCUCCAAUGAAACUGUCUAUACCUCAUUGGUGUGCUUUUUCUAGCUAAUCUAAUAGUUGUUGUUCCAAGACUCUUUUUAAAGAAAGUGACUUUUGAAGGAAGGCUAGUAAGAAAUCUAGAGUGCUCUUUGUUAAAACUGCUUCCUUAAUGUAAUUGUUAUCAUUGUCCUGUUACUUUUGUAGAAUUUGCUGCUGGGGUGCUAGAGAGAGGCCCCAAUCCUCGCCGUGGAAACAAAACAGACAAUGCCCACCCUCCAAUCCACCCCACAAAGUACACAGAUGGCUUACAGGUAGCUACAGUAUCAUAUUUCUUUUUUAUUGUGAUUUUUUAAAGAAAAUCUUGUACCAAAGAGAACAUAAUAACAGUCUGUGAGUUAGGAAAAUCCUGAGUCAACAAUAGUGUUUCUUGAACUUCCUUGUGGAUAGAGAGUAAAAGAAUAAUCAGUACUGUUAAUGUGUACAAAUUGGUAAAAUUUUGAUCUGAAUAAUUCAUGUACGGAUCUAUAUUUUUUAUUAAUGAAUAAAUAUUCAAACACUGUUUCAUCAGUUUAUAAUUUAAUAGAAGUCCAAGGCAAAGAAAGGUAAAGUGAUUUCAAUCAACACUGAAGCUGGUUGUUUGUCACAAGUGGUGUAAAGCAAUGCAUUUUGUACGUAAGUUUUUCAAAAAAGUAACUUACCAAACUGAAACUUAACAUGACUUUAUUUUUCAGGGCAAUGAAAAAAGGCUGUAUGAAUUCAUAGUAAGACAUUUUUUAGCCUGCUGUUCUGAGGUGAGCAGUCUUGGUUUCCUUACUGUGCCAAAAUGAUGACAUAUGUUUUUGUUUUGAUCUUCCUGCUGCUGUUCCCAGCUUCUCUAUGAGAUUAUGAUAGCAUCAUGUUUUUAUUUAUAGGAUGCAAAAGGGCAGGAGACUAAUGUAGAAAUAGAGAUUGCUGGAGAAAAGGUACACAACCCGCAUGUAACUUACAGCUCUGAUAGAACUGGAAUGUGUUAUUAUUCACAAAAACUUUAUUCUUAUAAACUCUUAUGAGUUUGGCACCAGAUCAAGGAGCCUUGAAUUAUUUGAAAAUUUCUUUACAAGAAUGGGGUAUGUGCCUUCUUUGGUUAUUUGUUUUUAAAGCAAUUUCCAAAUUUGGAUAACAAACACAGCAUUACAAAGUUUCAACAGGCUACAAGAAAGUGUGCUGGGCACCUUACAUAUGCUGGAAUCACUCCUGGAUUUAUUAAGAUCAUAAUCUACAACCAAUUAAUUUAAGGGAAUUGUUUAGAAGGCUUGCUGUUCAAGCUUAAAAUUAAAAAAAAAUAAUGUUUUUAAUAAAGUAUGAUCAUCUUCUAGUUUACAGCUAAAGGAUUGAUGAUUACUGCCAGGAACUAUCUUGAUGUGUAUCCAUAUGACAACUGGAAUGCAAAGGUAACAUAUCUCAUGGAGCUAAUAUUUACAGCGCUGUCACUAAGAUUUCAAGUUGCCGGGUAAAUACAACAAGUAGGCGGGGAAUCAAACAGCUAGGGAUUUCUUUUAAUAUUAUUUUUCUUCCAUUUUCCUGUGAAAGUAGCUCGGGCGGCAUUCUUAGCAACUGGGGAAAUCCCCAGCCCCCUCCUCUUAAUGACAGUCCUGGUUUACCAAAAAAAUUAUUACUCUGUGGGGCUCAGAACCUUCUCUUGCAUCCAACCAAAAGUGUAAAAUGUAAUAAGGGUAAUGUAUUGUUAACAAAGAUUUUUUCAACCGAAGGUUUUUACUUUACAGUUAUGAUUAUUUUACAACAUAGUCCACACACCUUGUUUUAAACCUUUUGAAGUUCCUACAGGGCUCAAAAAUCAUUUGAAUCCCAGCACAUCCUUUAGGCCAGGACCUUUUACAUUAAUUUUUUCUUGCCUGUUCCAACUACUUGCUUGUCUUAGUUAAUGAUUUAGUUAGAGGAUGACCUGCCUCUACCCUUGCCUAUUGGGCUAGUAAGCUUUAAAGGUUCCUUGCCUAGCAAGAAAAUCUUCUCAUCCCUGGCUGGUAGAUGGGACCUUUUUUUAGCCCUGUACCUUGCUUGGUUCUUUUCUUUGUUAUUUUAAUUUUGUUCAAUUUUUUUAAAAAUAACAAGAAUGCUGUUACAGCGGCAUUCAGUCUUGCCUGCUUGGAGAUUAGAUUGAGAAACGAGGAGGCGAUUAAUUCUAUAAGAAACGUGAUUUACUUGCUAAAGGUUUUUUUACUUCCUGCUUUAUCGACGUUGAUACUUUUUAUUUGUUUCUUAAUUGAUUUAGUACGCGUGUUAGCGACGACCAGAAAUACCUUUGCGAUCGCAAACCAAACCAACCAUACCCUAUUUCAGACCAAAAUGGCUAAAAACCCAUACCCUUUGGCACCCCACAUACCUUUAUAGGGUAUAUAAGGGACUAUCCCCUGGGGCGGAAAAUGCGUUGCAGAUUAUGAGUCUCACUGCUUAUGUAAGCGAGACUAAAAAUAUAUAUAUGUGUUUUUCCAUACAUGUGUUUGUCAUUUUGAAGUGUUUAUAUGGCAGUAUAUUAUGCAUAAAUAGUUUAUGCCUUAUUUCUUUUGCUUGUCUUGCUUUAGACAAUCCCAGUGUAUAAUCAAGGUGAAGAAUUUCAACCAAGCUCCAUUGAGGUUGGUAAACAAAGUGCCAGUUUCUCUCGUUAGUUGUAUCAGAUUGGUUAGUGUACCAGGUCCAAUGUAGUAGCAGGUGUGUAUGGUGUUGUUCAAGUCAUAUCAUUGGCUUCACUUUUUUUUCCUUUUUUGUAAAGAGGGAGGGGCUGGUUACAUAUGAUAAUGAGUUAAAACAGGAAAAUAGAAUUUAAACCAAGGAAAAAACUGACCGUUAACAUGUAUAAUAAUGUGGACACAAUAUUGUAACAGUAAUAAUAAUAAUAAUAAUAAUAAUAAUAGUAAUAAUAAUAAUUAUUAUUAUUAUUAUUUUUAUUCAUAUUUUUAUGAUUAUUAUUACUGUUGACAAUAUUGUGUCCUAGUGAUGUUUACUGAUGGUCAUUUUUCUAAACAGCAUGUUGUAAUCACCAGAGAUUGUUAUCUAAAUUUCUGUCAAUGAUAAUAUAAUGUGUGGCAAAACUAGUAUUGUCACAGAUAGAAACUAAUACAAUGUACUUCAGCCACUAUGUCUUUGGAAGAAAGAAGGCUUCAAAGUGUUUUUUAGAGUGUCUGCUAUUGUUAAAUGUUUGAUGUUCAAAUAAAGCUAUCAUGUCUUGUCAGAUGCUUGAUGGGGAAACCAAGCCACCUCCACUGUUGACUGAAGCUGACUUGAUUGGCUUGAUGGAAAAGCAUGGGAUAGGUAGGAAGAAAACAACGAAAUUGAAGUCACUGUUUAAAGUAAUCUGCCAGGUGACGUACAGUAAAAACCCUCAACUAAAAACCUAGUUUUUAAGAACUUGUUGGGCUAAAAUUUGUCAGUCAGGCCCCCUUUAGACAUGAAACUCUUUAGGUUCUUGUUUUCCAAAAUCUAUAACAAAAAUUCUUUACACUUGGGCAAAAGGACUUCAAAAUUCAUGUGGUCAGUGCUUCAUUCCUUCUUCUCGUAGUUAUUUUUACAUAAAUUCCCAGUUGGUAUGAAGAUUGUUUAUAAGAAAUAAUCUGAAUACCACUAAAUGCUCAUAGCCACCAUGCUUUUGUUUCUUCAGAAGAUAAGAACCUAUUUAAGUAGCAUAAAUUUGGACUAAUUCCCAUUAAUAUGUACGAACCUGUUAAGGCUAACUUGGGAAAAUACAGGUUCUAAGUCCUGAGUUUUUACAGUAUAUGAAAAGCCAAAUCAUAGUUUUUUUAACCUCAGGGACAGAUGCUACACAUGCAGAGCACAUUGAGACCAUAAAGAACAGGUGCUAUGUGGGAGUACAACAGGAUGGGACCUUUCUUCCAGGCCAGCUUGGAAUGGGACUUGUUGAAGGUAAGAUUUGAAUCCAAUGAAUUACAUUAUUUAACAGCAAUAAGCUUUAUUAGGAGUAAGAAUGAACUAGUGUCUUGGCUUAGCCUUAUUUCAUGAAGGGAACAUUUUUAAACGUUUGAUUCUCUGUAGCAAAGGAUAGCUAUGGAGAAAAUGAUCAUACAGGGAAUCCAAUUUUUGGCAAAUUCCUCAUGUUACCACUGUGCAAAUGAGUCUUCUUCAUUAUCAUUAGUUAUGAACGCGUGUUUGUUUAAAAAUGUCAACCAUACGUAGGAGGUACAUAUAAUCAGAAUUGGCCAUUUCCUCCCAGUCCUUUUAUUUCCUUAUUUCUUUUUCUCUUUUUUAAAGGUUAUGAUCUGAUGGGAUUUGAGCUUUCAAAACCAAGAUUAAGGGCUGAACUUGAAGCUGAUCUUAAAAGGCAAUGACAACUUCUAUUCACAUUUUUGAUUUGUUGUCAGCGGUUCAAGGUUAUAUGUUAGGACCACUAAGUAUAACUAGUGACUUGUGUGGCAUGUUUGUGUAAGAGCUACAAAUUGAGUGUUUUGAUAGACUGUUAAACAAAGACUGCGAGUAGUCCCCCAUUUUUCCUCAGUGAUAGUAGAGCGAGCGAAAAAAAAUCUCUCCCCGCCACGUGUCGCCUUUUCUCGCGUGGGGUGAUUUUCACGUACGCUCGCGUUUCGCUCGCUCUACGAUCGACUAUCCCUGAGGAAAAAUGGGGUACUACUCGUAGUCUAGUUAAACAAGCUCUGUUAGUAUCACUAGGGUCAGACCAGUGGACCAAUGUAAUGACCAAGUACUAGCAGCUCCCAUUCCUUGCAAAAAUACUCUUACAAGCUGGUGCUGGUCUUGGCUAAUUUUGUGUCAACUUACUGUUUUGGCAGAAUUUGUGAAGGAACACGAAACAAGGAUGGUAAGGCACCUUAGACUUUGUAAUGCAUUUAUUGAAUUUAACCUGCCAGUGAUUGUCACCUCUGUUUACCAUAUAUACGUACACUAGCAUCCUCCUUCAAUGGGCAAGGAUUCAGGCAAAUCAUUGCUUAACUACAUGUAAACGUGGCCCUGGUAGAGCAAAAUGGGAGGGCUGCUUGCCCAAAAAACAAGCUUUGAAGUCCUUUUUUUUUCACAUAAGCACCCUCUACCCUCCCCUAAGAAAAAAUUACCAAAUGUGCUGUAUGGAGGUAGAAUAGAGGCAUUAUUCGCUGAUUUGAGCAUUUACUGUAUAGUACUCCACUCUCACCAUGUGGCCAGGGUUCAAAUCCCGGCAUCAACACCAUAUGAGGGUUGGGUUUGUUUUUGGUUCUCUUCCUUGCUCCAAGAGGAUUUUCUGGGGUUCUUUGUUUUUUCCUUCUCCUCAAAAACCAACACUUCCAAAUUCCUUUCGACCUGGAAUGCACGGGCACAUUGAAACGAGUUAAGUGCUUCGUGGGUAAACAAAUUACAAGUUACAAUUACAGGAUAAAGUAAGAGUACUUUAAAGUUGUGAGGUUUCGAGUGAAUGACCAUCCUUCAGGAUUUCAUCUUUACACUAAUACAGAUUAUGUUUCAGUUGCUCAUUACUGUAUGUUAUGAAUCCCUCUGAAAGAAGUAAAGAAGAGAAUACCAUGCCAUGCUGAAAAAGGCGUAUACUUAUUCUUUCUUUAUUUAGAUGUUCUUGUAGAGCAAAUAGCAAAGUACAAGGAACAGUUUGUUCAGGCUGUGCAGGAGGUUUGUUUAGAUUUCAUGUCUGUUAAACUGCCAACGGGAAAGUAUUUGGGGCGAUGGGUCAAUGUAGUUUAAUGAUCAUCAAAUGGCGCUUGUUCUUUCUCAGUUAUGUCCGAGUAAAUGACAAUUGACUCAGCUCUUCUUGCCAAGAGGAGUGGCCACGUGCUGUAGAGAAAGGGAAUAACUGAUAAACAAAGUUCCAGAAACAAUAUGUUGUUAUUUCCACCUAACAGUUGCAUUUAUCUUAUCUUAUCUUAUUCCUUCCUUACCAUAGGCAGUCAAAUUGGACGAGGCUCUCUCAAAUUAUUUUGGAGAUCCUAAAGAGUUUCUUGAUGAAGGUUUGUACAAAAACAUGUUGAGGUACAAUUUUUUUACUUGUGUAGAGUUUAGGUUUCAUGUAGAUUGAGCUUUUAUUAAAGGGCGGGUCGUAUCUAUUUGUACUGAAUUUAAAUAACAUUUGUAGUGUGGGGUUUGUCGAGUCUGUAAGCUACGUUUCUCUACAUCCUUUGAAUAGGCCCUUUGAAGCUAGUCAUUCACGUGUCACAUAACCGCCUUACUGGAGAGCAACAGACACACAGGGACAAGGGAAACUAAGAGCUCGCAUCAUUUAAAAUGACAGUGGCAGAUCCAAGGGAGGGCCCCCUUAUUUUUAUACCAAACUGAGGCCCGAAGGGCUAAGAAAAAUUUUUUGGAGAUCGCCCCCCCCCCCCCCCUCCCCGCCUUAUAUCAGGGUCUGGAUGACGGGACCCCCGCCCCCUUAUCUCACGGUCUGGACCCGGCGCUGAAUGAUAGUCGCCUUUAUAGUUUAUCUUGUUCCAGUGCAUCCCUCGCUCUCCAGUAUGGCGGUUUGGUACAAUGUGAAUGACUAUGACUGCAAAGAGCCUAUUAUAGCCUGACAUCACUACUUUGCCACUUUGUCUAACUUUUAAAUGUAUUUUCGUCAAAUUGCCGUUCUCAUAGCAUCUGUUUAAUUGCAGUUCUGGGUAUAGAGAAUGAGAGAGGGGCAGAACCUUUGCGUCUUUGUCCCAGAUGUAAGACAGAACAAAUGGUACUGAAGAAAACAAAGGAUGGCAGGUGAGAGGGUUUAUGAGAACAAUAAACCUCCAGAUGAAAGAAAGAUGACAUACAUACCUGAGUAUAAACUGGGAGUCUGCAGGGUAUAAGGGACCAAGCUUGGCUUUUACCAAACCAGCAAGAGUUAGGCUAACUACUAAUAAGCACUGCAGAAAUUUUUUCUCUUCUAUUAUGUUUGCCAGCCUUGUUAGUCUCGCUUGCGUAAGUAGCAAGACUCAUAAUAUGCAACGCGUUUUUCGUCGUAUUUAGGACACAAAGGGGGGUCAUUGUGCCAGGCGUUCCUAGCGGAGACCGUGGAAACUGGGAAUAAGAAUCGUUGCGUGACCGAAGCCACGCAUAAUUUGCGAAAAAAAAUAAGAAUCUUAAUUAGCAAAACUGCGAUAGUCGGUUGUUGUAAACUUUCAUUGUAUGCAAAUGGCCUUUGUGACGAGCAUGCGGUUUAUUUUCAGCGAUGAUUGAAAUGACGUGCCUUGUAAAUCACUUCUUUGAUCUCUGGCAAUGGUGUAAUUUCUUUGGAAUCGAGGCCCUUGAAUUUUUUAGUAUGUAUACACGCGUAUAGCCUGCGAUCGCAGAGGUAUUUCUGGUCGUCGCUAACCCGCGUACUAAAUCAGUUCAGAAACAAAUUAAAAGUAUCGACGACUAUAAAGUAGGAAGUAAAAAACCUUAGGCGAGUAACUCCUGUUUCGUGUAGAAUUAAUCGCGCCCUCAUUUCUCGAUCUAAUCUCCAAGUCUUUCGGGAUCCUUAAUCAUUCACAACAGAUAACCAAACAAUCAAAGAAUAUCUUAUAUAAUCAGUAAUAUUGCUGGGCUGUAAGACUUCAAGUUGCCGAGUAUAUGCAAUCAGUCGGUGGGGAACUAAUUAGCCAGGGAGUUCUUGUGGACUCAUCUUCCUUUUGUUUCCUACGAAGUUAGCCAGGGAUCAUACUCAUUCGUAGUAGCUGUAGGAACCCCAAUCGUUAGUGAUAGUCUUAAUAUUGGAUGAGCCUGAGUAUGAUAUGAAGAAUUGUGCUGUUCGAGGAGGGGGUGGAACACUCUCCGGGAUCAGCAUAAUUCUCCAUAUCAUACUCAGCCUCGUCGAAUAACUCUUAACGAUUAGAUAUAUGUUACGAUUGAGGCGAACAUUAUGGGAUAAGCAAUGAUAACAAUGGUAAAGCAAGACGCGUCUAUGACGCUAUCUGUAUCUUACUUGUCUCAUCCACAGUUUUAUGAUUGGAUGUGAAGGUUAUCCAAGGUGCCGUUCUAGUGCCUUUUUCCCCAAAUUUGUCUUGGAAGCUACAGUGCACGAAUCUUUGUGUCCAAAUUGUCAGCCAGGAGAUGUGCACAAAAUCAGCUUCAAAUUCAAGAGAGGCUCUGUCCCACCAAUGAUGCCGUUGGAGUAAGUUUUUUUUUUUUCAUUUAUUUAUUUCAAACAAAGUUAGUUAAACGUUUAAUCUUUUUAGAAACGUUAGAAAAGCUAAUGAACGUGAGAAGUUGUUGUUGUUGUUGUUGUUGUUGUUGUUGUUGUUGUUUUUCAUUACAGACGUUCGUGGUGUAUCGCCUAAGCCAUUGUUGAAGUUUAUGCCAUAUGAUUGAUAUUUUCACUGGCAUUCACUUGAAAAAAAUUUUCUUUUUAGGUACGUGGGCUGUGUUGGUGGAUGUGAUGAUACUCUCAGAGAAUUAUUGGACUUGAAAGAUUUGACAAGACUGCCUUCGGAUUCAGGUAGGAACUACUAACUACACACAUAUUAUUUGUUCACUUGAACAAAUGUACCAUUUUACCAGCAAAGAGAGCAAAUGUCCCUUGCACCCGUAGGAUUUUUUUUGUCAGGAAUUGUGGCCCUGAAAUUGCUGAAAACGCCGUGAACAAUCCCCUUUCCUUCACCCUUGAUCAUGGUAAGCAGUGGAUGUGACUGAACGAGAGACUACUGAAUUUGUAUCAUUUUAGAGGCCGAUGCUGGAAUCUGAAAUUUUCAUAUUUGCUAUCCUGUUAAACCCCUAUAACUUUUUUUCUCUUCUAAAACUACUUUUCCUCUAUUUUUAUUUUUUUCAGGAGGCGCAAAUUUUUCUGGAAGAGGAGGACGAAAUCCUCAAUCCGGCAGCAGAGGAAAGAAACAACCUAUAGGGCGUGGUCAAAGUACAAUUAACAAUCCCAGAGGAGGUGGUAAUCAACUAUCUACAAGGCCUGCUCAGCGGAGAACUGCACAAACGGUUCAGACGAAUGGGAACGAAGGACAUAAUAUUACCACUUCUGGUCCGGCUUGGCAACAAUCUAAUGGGAACAGUUCAUCAUUUCUAACAGGUAUAAAAACUGAAAGGUUAAUAAUCAACAGAAAAGCUAUAACUAGGGUAAUAUAUAAUUAUUAUUUAUCUAAGGGUCAGUUUAUGCCGUCUAUCGGCAACCAAUUUGUCUGAUCUUUUAAACCUUGUUAGUUCUAUAUAGUUUAAUAUAACAUUACAAAAUGUUUUAAUUCUAGAAUGUUUUAUUUUGCAAACAUGGUGUUAUGAGGUCACCUAAACGUUCCAAACAUAAUAUCGUUAGUUUUUACACCUAAUUACUAAUUGCCUUUGCUUUACAGGUUCAGGUUUUAAUCAAUUUCCUUCGGAAGGCUAUUUUGGUGGGUACGUUCUGUGUUAGUGUUUAAUGUGCCAUCAUAAUACCAUUGAGCUAAUUUGAAAGGGACUCAUUUUUUCAUUCUCGAGAAUUCGUGUUAUGCACUAUUUAUUUCAUCUGAUUUUGUCCUUUUGACAGACAAGACAAUGAGAACUGUGUGGUUUGCACUUGUGGACAGUCAGCAGUAAAGUUGACUGUGAGAAAAGAUGGGCCCAAUAAAGGUGAGUUAGAACACGGUAGUUACACAAGACCUGUGGGACAUAAAAUGACUGGACAAGUCUAACAUGACACCUAAACUGAUACCAUCAUUACACUUUAACGAGUCUCAGUUGCUAUCAAUAGUAGCAAAACUGGAACCGUCAGAUAUGGAAAUGUCAAACCAGUUCGAUAAUAGCCAGUUGUAGAGUCGUAUGGCGUAAGAUGCUAUCUGAGGAUGGUGUAAUCUAUAAUCGAACUGGUUUUAAAGGAGGCCACGUAAUGGUCGAUACCUGCUCUUACUCACCUUUAUUGCGAUUUGAGGAUGGUUUACCAUUUCACUUUUCACUAUUUCACUUUGUAGGUCGACCAUUCCUGUGGCCUGCUUUAAAACCAGUUCGAGUAUAGUCAGUUGAAGUUCAGUUUAAGUUUUCAGGUCGUAUGGCGGAAGAUGCACCUCAGCUGAAGAUGGUAUACUUUUUCACUUUGUAGGUCGACCAUUUUACAAGUGUUCCAAUAGAGACGGUGGUUGUGAUUUUUUCCUAUGGGCUGAUGAUUCAGGGAGUUCCUCAUCAUUCAGUCCCGCAGCACCUCCGGUGCCAUCCAAUAGCAUCAGCAGGAAUAACGUUGGUGGGUAACAGAAGAGUUGGUCACUGGUAGUGCAACCACGUUAACCUGGGCCACUCAGACAACAUCGAAUUAUAGGAAAGUAACAGUAACUUUUGAGAAAGUAGUUUUUAAGCCAAUCAGCAGCUCACAGGGAACAACAACCUAAUGGAAGCACAAAUAUAUCAAAAGCGAAAUUAUCCAAUAAAAAACUUUAACAUUCGGCAAAGUUUUAUUGUUUGUAAUUUUAAAGAGAACGCUCGUGGGACAUAUUUGUCUGUUAGAAUGCUGUGAUUUCGUCAUUAACAAUCAACUUCAUGCGAUUUAUAGGCAGAAAACUUAACCAAAGUGUAGGUUUCUCACUUUACCGUCAGGCUCUUUCACGGACCUCCCAGAAAACUGAUUUGCUUUACUGGGAUUAACGGUCACGUCUGUAGGUUGUAAUUGGUAUAUUUUGAUCCUUUUUCUUUGUUUUGUUGCAAUUAUUUAAUUAUUAACAACCAACUUUCCCGGAAUACGUUUUUCUCUCUGUUGUCCGAGUGUUUCAGUUAUGUCUAGGUGGCCUUGGUAUAGACAGAUUUGUUAUUGAGACUGAAUUUUAUUUUUUUUGUAGGGCAUUAAUUUCCCUAGAAAGAGUUUUGAGAUUUUUGUUAUUUUUGUUUACAAGGAAUUCGUAGUUCUGUUUUCAUUAUCAUUUAGCAAUGGAUGUGGUCAUAAUAAUUGCCGUUGCUUUUCAGGUCCACGUGUUAAUCACUUUCUGACUUCUGUAGGCCCCUUUGGUGGGUACGUUCUGUAUUUUUGUUACAUUAAAGUUGUUGUCGAUAGAGUAAAUUUUCAGGUGACAGUCAAAGGUAAACUAUUCAGCCUCUUAAUGAGUUGUUACUGGUUAUGUCUAACAGGUCAGACGAAGAAAACUGUGUGGUUUGUACUUGUGGACAACCUGCUUUAAAACUGACAGUAAAGAAAGAUGGACCUAACAAAGGUAAGAUUAAUGAAGCCUACCUUACCCCUGUGCAAUUGUAAAUUGUACGGAGUAGCUACAAAAUGCCUGCAUGACAUACCAAGUGAUAAGACUAGUCAUCUUGAAAGUCGGGGUACAUUCUCCAACCCCCCUGCCUUUUGCCCUCGUUAGGUAAGAGUGUGGGGCUAAAAAGCAGCUGUUGAAGCCGUGAUAUUUUGGACUGGUCCGCUGCCAUCGACCAAUAGGUCUAGACAGAGAAAUUAACAAGGUGUUGUGGUACUUAUUUCGCUACUUACUUUAAAAUUCUAGGUCGAGAAUUUUUCAAGUGUUCCAACAGAGACGGUGGAUGCGAUUUCUUCCUGUGGGCUGACGAUGAUUCAGGGAGCUCUUCAUCAUUUAGUCAUGCAGCACCUCUGACCCCCUCCAAUAACAUUAACAGGAAUGGCGCAGGUUGUUAUUAGAAUAUAGAAUAAGCAAGUACAGAAGUGCAAUUUCAUGGCAGAGUUUGUGAAACAGAAAUACAUAUUUUUCAAAGUAUGCCAUGGCGGAAGAUUCCAGUUGCCAUGUACAUGUAGAAGUUGCCAUGACCCACGAUAUACUAAUUACCUGUCAUCUAUUCUGUCAUCGUUCAGAAGUCGUGGAACAAAAUACCUGAGCUGAUACGGUAUCAUUAAAGAACAUGUAACGAAACUACAAUGGUUAUGCUAAGAAUAUUGUUCUUUUACCCUAGGAUUCUAUUCGGGGCAAAACUCGACUGUCGACAACAGGUACGUUUUAUUCUUGGAACAGUUUACUUCACAUUUCUAGUUGUUUUAAAACUUCGUAUUUUUGUCUUAGGGUGGAUUUCCACUGUCGCGUAAUUUUUACAUGCGUGUACGCGCACGUUAAAAUGCGUGAAGUUGAGCGAGAUUCACCUUUUACUUUUACGCGCGAUCUUGUACGCAUUGCCUCUCUUGUAUUUGCGAACGUAAAUAUAACGCACGUACCAACGUAAAAAUUAUGCGAUAGUAGAAAUCCACCCUUACGGACGAUACUGGGUUGUUUUCCAACGGUAACGAAUAGGUUGAUUUCCACUGACGCGUUUUUGGCUACGCACGUUAACGCGCGUAAAUUUUAAUCACGUAAAUAAAAUAGAGGAAAGAUAUAAAGUGUUGAGAUUAAACGUUAAGUUGAACGAGGUUCUACCGUUACGCUUAUGUGCGAUCUUUCAUACAUUGCUUCUAUUUUAUUUGCGAACGUAAAUUUUACACACAUAAAAAUUACGCGACAUUUGACAUCAACCCUCAGUCUUAUUUGUACGAUUCUUUAAAUGUUGUAGUAGUUAACUGUAAAUUGAGCGACUUAUCCGAGUGUCUAGUUCAUUUUAGCAACUCCUUCUUUGUAGACCACAUCCGCUAAAAAUUCUUAAUAUUAACAGGAUGGUAAUGCCAUUAGGUUUCUUACCCUCUCCGUCAUUAAUGGCUGAUGUUUGCAAUUCUUUAAUAUUUAAUAAUGCUUAAUUUUGCAUUUGUAGCGGAGCAAGUCCCUGUUGUCACUGCGGGCAGCCUGCUGUGAGGUAAGCAUAGAAUGACCUACAGUGUGGUUUAAAGAGCUGAUGACACGAAAUUAUUUUAAACUGAUUUUGGUCCUUAGUUUAAGUAACAAUUGCGAACUUUAAAAAUAUGCCCCCCCCAAAAACUUUUCUUGAAUUUUGCUGUCCAAAAACUGCUUUUUCCCCUUCAGAAAUGUCACAAAGGCUUGGAAAGAGUAAAGGAUCAAAGAAAGGCUAAUGACGUCUAGUGGCGUUAGUUACUCUUCCGAUUCUGGUCACUGCUUUGUGUUUUGUGGAAUUAAACGUUCAACUUGACUGUAAUUAAGGUAUAACGAAGGAAAUGAAGAUUCUGAAUCCUUUCGUAUUUGCGGCCAUCUCGCUAAAUUAUUCUACAUUCUUGCAAAUCACUCUACGUCAUACUUGUCAAUUUGGCCCCGCGAUUGGGCUGACGUUUUUAAAGGCAAAUUCGCGUGAUUUAAAGAGGAAAAAAUGGAUUUUGCAAAAUUAUUGACAGGUUUAAAUUUAGGGUACAUAUUUUACACAUAUUUUGUAGAAUGAAAAACUACAAAAAGAAAUUCAUAUACACUUAAAACGAAUUUUAUAGCUAUGAAACGCCGAGAAAACUGUACAAACCCAAGCUUGUGCAGUGUUGAUCUGUUUAAGUCUUGAGCCGUUUUUCAUGAGAAUAAAGCCUGAAGGCCCCUGAAUGUCAAACGGGUUGCUUAUGUUCACGUUGCGUACAAACGCUCUAGGUGUUCUUGAUUUCCAACCAAUUCUAGCUACUAACACUAUGACUUCACGCUGUUUAGUCGCACAGUUUCCAAAGAAGGACCAAACAAGGGCCGACCAUUUUACUGUUGUUCUAAGCCCAGAGGCCAGGGAUGCGAUUUCUUUGAAUGGGGAGACACUACCGGGCCAUCAACAGCCAACAGUUACAAAUAUAAAGGACCGUCUGGUGCAGCACGAAAUGGUGGAGCAACCAAGAAGCGAAAGUGCGGACUCUGUCAUCAGGAAGGUAGGACGGAGAUAAUAGGAACUUUAAGCAAAUCUCUAUGGCGACCUCUAUUACGGCGGUGGUGGAUGCGGAGUGCUGGAGAGAGUACGUCAUCGUAGCCCGCCAAAUUUCAACUUUAAGCAAGCAGUAUCCAAAUAGUGACUACGAAGUUUAUUGCUCAUUUGCUUUCGUUGACGACGGGACGACUUAAGGACUGGAAAACCAGAAGCGUCAAAUACUUUCUUGAUAAACUCAAAAACAAUCUAUGAUAGGUUUUAAAAUCAUUGAUUGUAAAUAAAUAGGAGAAAAGUCGAAUAUUAUACUCACGUAGUAACGACUAAGCCACAAUAUAGGUCUUCACGUUGUAGGAUUUUGCGCUACGACGAAAGGUCAAUUCCAAGCAUGCGCACUGCAUCAUUUUAGUAGAGGUCGCAGUAGUGAUUUGCUUAAAGUCCCCAAUGUAGUCUUAAUAUUUACGCAGAAGUUACUUAACGCCACACAUUUCUUUAUAUCGAGUUGCAAUGUUUGCUCCCCUCCCCCUCCCCCUUACUGGCGAUCCUAGAAUUCUGUGCGCAUAACAUAGGUUUCCAAUUACUGAAAAAAGUAUUCAUUGCCCUAUUUAAUGAAAUUACGCACUAACAAAAUCUUGAACCGCGCGAAAGGAAAUAGCAAUGAGAGGAUGAACAUAGUCUACUGCUUCUCAUGCUAGUAAUUUUCUUGAUUAUUUUAAUUUUAGGUCACACCAAACGGUCCUGCCCAAUGAACAGAUAACAAAGGUAUUCUGUCGCUACUCCGUAACCUCUGUACAUCUAUCGGUGUGUAUCGACAAAUAUUGUAUAAUACUUUCAAGACUCGUUGCGAUUACUUGUAAAUCAGUUUUCGAUGG